CUAUAUUUUAAUGGAAGUUUCGUUAAAAUUAGAGAUUUAUCACAAGUUUCCGAUUUAUCUUUUGUUAACCUCCGUUACGAAUAAAGAAUAUUUCAUGACCGUUUCAUUGCUUAUGACCGUUGGUGUGUACCACCGUUGGUGCUGCUUCAUUUCACCUCGGCACUACAGCAGCACCACCAAUAACAAUGAUAGUGCUUGUUUACAUUCCGAAACUUUUGUGUGAUAAGAUUUUUUAGAUAACUUUACGCGCAGAUUAACAAGCAUCGCUGUUGAGCUGUGCGUGUGUGUGAUACUGGACGUGCAAUUGCGCUGUGUGAUAUAAUAUUUCCUGCCUGUACACAAUGCUGGACAAUCCCGUGAAACCGACCGAGGUCAGCGUGAGGAACCGGAUCGACCUGGCAGUGGUUCCGCUGAAGGCAUUAAGUUCCCGGACGUGGGAUUUAUUGGCCGAGCUGCUGAAUCACAAGCGAAUUUUUACUUCCGAGGAUGGCUACUUUCGCGAUUGGCGUGGCGUGUUCGAUGUGGUCGGCAUUCCCAAAAACUAUCUGCCGCUCGUGUCGACCAACGCGAACCCAACGCGUCGUCUGCUGGAACUGUGGCAGAGCGAGGACCACCAGUGCAAGCGGGAGGCCAACCUUGCCGAACUGCAGACCGUGCUCGGAUGCAUCGAUCGGUGGGACAUCCUGGACGAUACGUCUAAAAUGUUUGAGCAAGACGCUGAGCAAUUUCUCAUCCGUGAACAGAAACGGAUAGGCAAGAAAGUGAACGAAUCGGACGAGAAAGUGUCGAGCGUAGGAUCGGCGGACAGUGACAUUAUUACGAAGGAUGACACUGCCGACCACAAGCAGCAGUACGAUGCGUUCAUUCUGUACGCCGAUGCGGACAUCGAAUUUGCCUCGAAAAUGGUAGAGCGGCUCGAAGCACGAGGUAUGCAACUGUGUCUGAAGGAUCGUGACAUUCUGGGCGGAAGCAACUUUGAACAUGAAGUCAUUUCGCGCCUCAUUUCCGAACGCUGCCGCCGGGUGGUGGUGAUCAUUUCGAAGGCGUUCCUCGAGAGUCCCCUGAACGAUUUCACCGUCACGUUUGCCCAGGCACUGCAGAUCGAGAAGAAGGAACGCAAGGUCAUACCGUGCGUGUACGAUCGAUGCGAACUGCCGCCCCAUCUGCGCUACACGUGCCGGUUGGACUAUCAGCGAUCACAAAAUUUGUACAACUUUUGGGACAAGCUUGCCGACUCGAUACGUGACACACCACGCAAGGUCGGAAUGGAGGUGAGCGUCAAAGAGACGCGACCGGAACAGAAAGCUCAGCCCGAGGGUAAAACCGUCGUUCCUUCUGCACCCCGCCCAAUACCAAAGGUGGUCGUGGAGGAGCCCACGUUGGUCGUUAAGAUGCCCAGUGCGAUGGACCAGGAAAGUCGGUCGGGCAGCUUGAAAAAGUCACACUCCUUUUGGGACCUGUUUUCAAGCUUUAGCCACAAGAAGGAUAAGCUUAAUGGGAGCACCACUACGCUCAACAGCGUCAGCGAUGCUGUACCGUCAUCCAGUCCGAAGAAAACCAGUUCAUCGCCAUUGGCAUUGAUCCGGCGUGAUAAGAAACAACCAGUGGGUGUCGGUGGUUCGUCCGCACCGGCCGAGUGUCCGCUGAACCAGCCGGACAAGCCAGUAAAAACGAAGAAGAAAUGGUAUAAACCGAGCAGCCGGAAAGUGGCGACCGCUGUGUGAUGCCGAUGCGUGCCUUUAACUUUUAACUGCGUGACACAGUUAUAACGGGUAUGUUAUAUGUAUUCUGUUUACCAACUUUAGGCUAGUUUUGUUUAACAAAGAGAAUAAAUAUUUUAACAUUUGCUUAAGAAAAAUUGAA